AUGAGUGUACGAAGUGGAUCAGAUACUUUGAAUGAGGAGCUCAAACACCUACAACUACUGAACUCCGGAUUCGACGCUUUACUGCACACAGUGUCGAAAAUAAGGAGCGACCUAAGACAGACGGCAGAGACAGCCAAUGCUUCGCACGAGCUAUUGGACUGCUGGUCGAUGAUUAUUUCACAGGACAAAUCUGUAACAGAUUAUUUGAAUGAUCCCGAAUGGUAUGGAGCUUCGCGCUGGAAGACUGUACAGGAAGAGGUGACGCAGGAUCUUGAAUCUGAAAGGCGGGCUUUGGAGCACGAACGGGCAAGACUACUAAAGGCCAACGAAGAGAAGAAAACGUUAGAAGCGGCCAAAGCGAGGAGGAUUCGUGAUAGAGAGGCUAGAUUGUAUGGGAAGAAAAGAUGA